AUGUCUUCCUUCACCAUGGCCGCGGCCAAUAGCAUCUCCAGCACCGUCGCGCUGACCUCCCGCUACCGAGCGGGCCGCUUCGGCGCUCGCGCGGGCGCAGUGCGGCCCGUGGCUGUUGCCGCUUCAGAGGUGGCUGAGGUGGCCAUCGGCGCGGGCGGCGCCGCGGCGUUCCUCGGUGUCGUCGGCGGCGUCGCCGCGAUCUCCGUGCUCUCCGCCGCGCGCAUCGAGCAGAGGGUGGAGGAGGCCUCGAAAAAGGCUGAGGGCUACGGCAUCGACCUCUCCGACCUGUACUAUGAUUUUGACGUCCCCGGCGACCAGUACCCGUUUGGCGACGGCGAGGACUGGAUGCCCAAGAGCUGGAAGCCCCCGAAGACGGGCGACUCCAAGUACCUGCCCACGAAGAUGCUCGGGCAGAUCCAGAUCAGGCUGAAUCAGUACGAGGCGAUCAAGGAGUGCGAGGCGGCGGGUGUCGAGAUUGGCGACCUCUGCGUGCCGUUCGAGGACUACACGGGUGAGUUUGACACCAACGCGAAGAGGCUCCAGGAGAUGCGCAGGAGGCUCGAGGCAAGCAAGUGA